AUGCCCAUCCGGAGACCAGGCUCCCCAAACGCCACCGAAGGCGGCCGCCCAGACGGACGGAACGAGAGGACGACUGAGGAAGCGGCCAAGAGAGCAAAGGAGGAAAGAGACCAAAAGAAGAAUGGUUACACGCUCGAGGCGAUAGAGAAGAAGGAGGAGAAGAAAAAAGACGAGAAGAAGGAGGAAAUGGAUUCCAAGAAGUAG